AUGAAGAUAUGCUCUGUUGUGUUUCAGUUGCUUAUGUUCUUAUGUGUAUUUUAGGGAAAGUCACGCCAUUUCACAGGUAUUUCCCCUUCAACAUGGAAUCCCUUAGUUUAUCUGGAUUACAAUAACUUCUGGAGGACCGUGGACAAGCUGGGAGAAGAGAUUCCUCUUGAAGCACCAUGGGACACUCCACAUGCUGAAGAAUGGGACAAAAUGACCAUGAGAGAGCUGAUAAAUAAGAUUUGCUGGACCAAAGCUGCUAAAGAAUUUGCCACCUUCUUUGUGAAUGUCAACGUCACGUCUGAGCCUCAUGAAGUCUCUGCUCUCUGGUUCCUGUGGUACGUGAGGCAGUGCGGGGGUACAGCCAGGAUUUUCUCUAUCACCAAUGGGGGCCAGGAGAGGAAGUUUAAAGGGGGUUCUGGUCAGAUAUCGGAGAAAAUAAUGGAACGCCUCAAAGGCAGAGUUAAACUGGAGAGACCUGUGGUCCGUAUUGAUCAGACAGGUGAUAAUGUCACUGUGGAGACUCUAAACCAUGAGAUAUAUGAGGGCAAGUAUGUGAUCAGUGCUAUCCCUCCGAUCCUGACAACGAAGAUUCAUUACAAACCAGAACUGCCACCAAAGAGAAACCAGUUAAUUCAACGUUUGCCUAUGGGAUGUGUCAUAAAAUGCAUGGUGUACUACAGGGAAGCCUUCUGGGAGAGGAAGGGUUAUUGUGGUUCCUUCAUCAUUGAGGAUGAAGAGUCUCCAAUUGGAAUAACCAUAGAUGACACGAAACCUGAUGGAUCUUUCCCUGCCAUUAUGGGUUUCAUCCUUACCAGAAAGGCUGUUAAACUGGCCCAUCUCACUAAGGAAGAGAGGAAAAAGAAGAUCUGUGAGGCAUAUGCCAAGGCAAUGGGGAUGGAAGAGGCUUUACAUCCUGUGCAUUAUGAAGAAAAGAACUGGAGCACGGAGCAAUAUUCAGGGGGUUGUUACACAGCCUACUUCCCACCAGGCAUAAUGUAUUCUUAUGGAAGGAUCAUUCGCCAGCCUGUUGACAGAAUCUACUUUGCUGGCACAGAGACAGCUACCCAAUGGAGUGGAUACAUGGAGGGGGCCGUACAGGCGGGAGAGAGAGCAGCCAGAGAGAUAUUGCACAGUAUGGGGAGGAUCUCGGAGAAUGAAAUUUGGAUGCCAGAGCCAGAGUCAAAGGAUGUCCCAGCCCGACCAUUCAACACCAGCUUCUGGGAGAGGAACAUGCCGUCCGUGCCAGGACUGCUGUGCCUGCUUAGCUCUACCGUGUGUUUCACCUCUGUGGCUGCUGUGGGGCUGUUUGCCUAUAAAAAGGGACUACUAUUUCGAAACUAGUGGAGACCACAUGUCCAGUGGAAGCUGCAUACUCCUUCUUCUUCCCUUUUACCAGAUGUGUGUUAUUUUGGAGACAAGUGGCACGGACAACUGGAAAGGGCAAAAGUUGUUCUCCUUGUGAUGUUUCUUUUUAGUACCAUAAUUAAUGCAUCAAAUCUACUGCAGUUGCUACCAGCGAAACAGAAAUAAAUCAACUAUGGGGGUGUUUUUUCAAAUUUGCCUUUUCCUUAUCCAUUUGUUUUGAUUGGACAUGAUAAUAUCGAUGGUAUAUUCCU